AUGGAAGAUGAACUUUUAUUUCCUGCAUCUAACGUGUUUGCCAUCACCGAGUCCUCGAAGGAAUGCACUUUCAUAAAAAAAUUUACCAUCAUGAUAAUUCGUUCACAUGCCCUCUCAGUGGACCAAGGCGACACAGGCGUCGUCACCACCACCGCCACCACCCUUAGUAGUGGUGCUAUCCAGGCCCUGAUUCUGAAUACCAUCACCACCACUCGGGCGCAUUGUCUCUCGCCAAUUAAUCAUUACGGUCUGACCGUAUCAUCUAAAAGUCUUGCUGUCUCUCUCCCCCCCGUACUCGCUCCUCUACCCUGCUAUCUACUCGGUGCUAAAUUCGCACAAUUUAUGGUCGCCUUCACUUUCGCUAUCUCCUAUUCGGAUGCCGUCAUGAUAUUUACCAAAAUGAACUCCAUUCCAGACAAUCGCUGGCCGUUAAUGUGGACUAGGAGUGGACUGCUAUCUCCGACGUACCUUGAAUCAGCCAUGAAGCCCCAGUCUCCCUCCAUCAUUCCUGCUCUGCUCACCGACAUUCGAAGUCCUCCAGCUUCACAAUCUCUCGUCGCCUACUGUAAUGUGUUUACGAUGGUGAUUGAUGCCAAUAGUGAUCCUCGGACAAUCAUUCGAAAUACCCUAGACCCGGCCAUAGUAGCCCGCCGACUACGUAUCUACCCUUACAGUGCCCGAGUUCAGCAACAAAUUUGCCUCCGGUUCGCCCUGUACGGCUGCGAGUUCAAAGGUAAGUGUCUGUUCUCCGGGCGUUAUAAAGCCAUCCGUUUCUCUGCACCCCGACCCCUAGUCUACCGGUUAAUCGUUCAGGCCAGGUAG